AUGGCAAAGAGCGCUCGCUCCAGCACGCGCAAGGCGAACAACCAACGCCUCAAGUCCAAGGUCUUCGGCCCCGUCGAAGCGGCCAGGGCCGAGCGUCUGUCCGCCAAACUCACCGAAAUAGUCUCACAACCUAAGCCAGAAGCCAGCGAGAUGAAGAUCGUGGUUGACGAUGCCGACGAGGAGGUGGCAGCGGCGGUAGCCAAGGUUGACGGAGACGCCACCGUCGCGGGUGUCAGUGACACAGCAAUGGAGGUUGAUACAGGCAAAUCCACCUCGGCAAUCAAGCGCAGCGACAAGAAGCGCAUUGAGAAGCGCAGGAAGACAAGUAAGAUCGUAUUCCCAAAGUACGGGGAUAAAAAUAAGACGAAGAAACGUUAG